CAACAUUCAACUGCACCAGAUAAUGUCGCUCCCGAAAUCACCCUCCAAGCCAAUCCAUGUGCUCGUCAAUGGCGCCAACGGCUAUCUCGGCGCCGCUGUAUGUCGCUCAUUUCUCCGCGCCAGAGCGCCUCCCGGCCGCCACUAUGUUGUCUAUGGAUUGGUUCGCCGCGAAAGCACCGCAGAUGCACUCGCAAGAGAUGAAGUGAUACCAAUUGUUGGAUCGAUUUCAGACCCAGAUGGCCUGAGCAAUAUCCUCUUCGGCCAUAGCAAAACAUGGGAUGUCAUCGCCACCUGCACAGAGCCGUCGAAGGUUGAUGCCGCGGUAGAGGCCCAACAUUGGACAGAUAUCAUUCACAUUAUUGUCAAGCUUGCUACCUCGUCGGUGGAAACCGCCAACAUUCGCCCGUUUGUGCUCUGGUCAUCGGGAUGCAAGGACUACGGCACGACUCUGCUUCAUGGCGACUCGCUGCUGAAAGCCCAUGACGAAUCAUCGCCCAUCCAGCCUGUUCCCCAGAUCAAAGGCCGUACGGAAGGCGCAAGAAGGGCUAUUGAAGCGUCAGAUAAAAACGGAGGAUCUGGGGCCUUUGACAUUGCAGUACUCCGUCCGACACCGCUUUAUGGAUACAGCGGCAGCUAUUAUAGCGCUGCGUUUGCCUACAUGGAUGAGUAUGCGGCUGCCAUCCAAGGCCAUCGCCAAACAGCAGACAAGGUGAAGCUCGGUAUUUCUGGGCAAGGCAUUCUCCAUGGCCUUCAUGUUGAUGACUGUAGCGAUGCCUACGUCGCCCUGGCCGAGACUGCUUUAUACGGUACGACAGCAAAUGGCGGAUUAGACGCUGAGGCAGGCCGAGCAGAGGUAUCUGGGCAAGUGUUCAACAUUGGAACAGAGGAAUACGAAACGGUAGAACAAAUAGUCACGGCACUGUCUACAGAUUAUGGCUUUGUCGGCGCGGAGUUCGAUGUGCCUGAGCAAGAUCUUCCAGAGAGCAUGCGCAAUAAUACCAACAUGUACGUCUUUGGGCAUAGUCAGUGGGUAGCAAGCGAAAAGAUUCGCCGCUUGACGGGCUGGAGGGAGAGACGCCCGCUGUUCUAUCAGAACAUCAGUGUAUACCGGUUAGCCUACGAGGCAGCCAGGCAGACUGGUGAUGAUGUAAUUGGUAAGGUGCAGCGCCGGUUUGGAGGCAACUGGAAUGAAGAGGCCAAAUGACGACAGUAUCUACACUGGCGCAUCCUCACGUAACCAGUGAGCAGGUAGCCAAACACACAAUCUAGCAUUAUUGAAUGUAGCACUUUGAAGCUCAGAGGCCAUAGUCUGGCUUGCACACCGUGCCUACUACAGUACACCUUACACCUACCUCUCCCAAUUUGUCGUCCGUUCGGUAGCUCGCCUUAUUCUCGUCCUGGUCUGCCCUACCGAAUGUCCCCUGGCCCUUCGAACCUUGUACAACAAUCGAAAGAAUACGAAUGCAGGUCUAAGACAACGGUUAAAUCAGCCUUGCAAAUACGCCGCAAGACAAGCUGUUAGACGCAGCACCCACACCCCAGAUUCUGGUCUGUCACCCAGGACCGGUACCAAAUCGCUCUCUCCCUCUCAGCUGAGGCUGAAUCGGUGGGCGUUGAUCGCGCAGAACAGCCCCAUUGCCUCGCCUAGGCGCUGCGUGGACAACGUUAGCGGCUCGCCAAGACAAAGCAAAAAUACCUUAUUUCAAUAAGCUAAGUCAUAAUGAACUCAGCUUCCGCUCGUAUUCAAUUAAAAGUCGUUGCGAGACACGAGAUGGUGAUGAAUGGGCGGGUGGUUGAUCCCUCCCCGUACUUUGCACCCAACACCAGAACUGGUUUUCCCAACCUCCGCGGAGAAUAGCCCUACCCCCCUCCUCAAUUGCCGACCUCGUUUUUUAUCGCUAAUAUAAAUGGCAAAAACGGCUAACUGGAAUACCGGGAUUAUGGAUAGUCAUGAGUGGGCGGGUCAAUACUCUGUAACUUGCGUUAGGGCGGCGAGACGAGUGUCAGCAAUAAACUCCUCAGGGUCUUUUUUUUUGUAGAGUACUUUGUACUUGGGCCGGCGUGACGAUCGGUGAGAGGUGAACGAAGGGUUACAUUGGGAAAUGGCGCCCAAAGAGGUUCUAGCGGCCUUCGUUCUCCUCUUCCUUCGUGACCAUCCAAUGCAAUGCUGCCCUGAUCCGACUCAUUGUUUGUACUUUUAAUCCCAGCAGAGUUACAGCGUACCUGUUUUCACCUGUUCCGGAGACGUCUGUACACCUCGCAUGAGUUGGGUGGCAUCGCACGCAGACAGUGGGUUCGACCGAGCUGAGUGCUACUGUGCUGGUAGGGUGAAUACGACGGAAAACACGGCACUCGCCGCCCGUUGGUAUUACCGUGGUCGGCGCAUAUCCAGGACGUACGUCGUUGGUCGGCUGUAUUGCGACGCUGUGCGCAUGUAAGCAGAUCGGCGCUGGUGCGUCAUGCUUUGCUGCGCUUCUCGCACGGCGUGAUUUUUGUUUCGCCUCGGUGAUAAGACUAGCCUGGCGAUCAGACGGCGGUGUUUAUGCCGCUGACACAUACUAGCAGAAACGCAAGGGUGAUGAUGUGUUUGGAAAGCGAAUGGGCAUGGUUGUGUAGUACGCAUGAGCAGCAGUCGCUAGGCAGAAACAUAAUAGCCUGCAUAUCAGGCUGGGAAAGAAAAUGAUGUACGUUUCGGUGGAAUGGAAACAUGUUAUGCAGGUAUGGCAUAAUUCAUCCCAUUAACUUGCAGGGGAGCGUAGCAGCAUUUACAGCACACACUAGGUCAGAGAGGGGACGCUACCCUACAGGAGAAAUGCAUUUACAAACAGCGACUAGACUAGAGACUUUGCAUAGUACAAUAAUGGGUUAAUAUUUUGAGUGUGUUUUAAAAUGGCAUAUUUGUUACAUCGGUUUCAAAAUGGUGAUUUUGCGUCUCAAGCGUUGACUCUAUCAACAUUCGAGACUCUGACUUUCUGUGCGGUCCUUCUUAUCGGAUCCGGCCACC